UUCGGCUCUGUUUCCAUUUCCGCGGCCUCCGCCGCCACGACGGGCACGUUCGAGAGCCGUCCCCAGAACCCGCGGGAGGAGCGACGCCCCAUCUCGACGAGGGCUUAGCGCCGCAUGUCGGAGGCCGCAAGAGAGGCGGAACCCACUUGGAUCGCGCCGUUUGUCGCCGGGGCCAAGAACCAGCGGUAGCACGCGGAGAUUUCCGAGCGAGUGGAUCGGCUUUGGUUUCCGCUUCCGCUUCGAGGUCUCGGGGGGGUGAUGCUGUUGCGUCCGAAGCCAUGGCGAGACGGCACGGGUGGCAGCUCCCAGCCCACACUUUUCAGGUUAUUGCAAUCACAGUAUUCUUCUUGCUAUCGAUAGCAUUUUAUGCCUUUUUUGCCCCGUUUCUUGGAAAAGACUUAUAUGAAUAUGUGGCAAUUGGAGUAUAUAGUUUUCUUGCGCUAUGUGUGUUUAUACUUUAUGUUAGAUGCACUGCCAUUGAUCCUGCUGAUCCUGGAAUUUUGCUUGCUUAUAAUGAAGCAUCAACUUAUAUGCCACAACGGGAUAGAGGUUCCUUGGAAGAACCUACCAAGUUAGGAGUUAACACUGAAGAAGAAACUGUCAAGCACAAAACAGCAAGCUUCUCCAUCGGUUGUUUCUUCUGUGCUCUUUUGUCUAAAGAAGAUUGUCGCAAAGAUGAGGACAAUGCUGAGCAGCAGACGAGCAUUGAUGAAGCAUUAUUUUGCACACUAUGCAAUGCGGAGGUUCGCAAAUUCAGCAAACACUGCAGGAGUUGUGACAAAUGUGUAGAUGGGUUUGAUCAUCAUUGCCGGUGGUUAAACAAUUGUGUUGGGAGGAAAAACUAUAUUACAUUUUUGUCCCUUAUGUCAAUGAGCCUUGCCUGGCUUGCUGUUGAAAGUGGAAUUGGUAUCGCCGUUCUUGUCCGAUCCUUCACUGAUAAGAAGCAAAUUGAAUCUCAGAUAGUUGAAAGGCUAGGAGAUGGCUUCUCCCAUGCUCCCUUUGUCACAAUUGUGGCCUUGUGUACUGCUCUAUCGUUGCUGGCUUCUGUACCAUUGGGUGAAUUAUUUUUUUUCCACAUGAUACUAAUUCGAAAGGGCAUCACAACGUACGAGUAUGUGGUGGCAAUGAGAGCCCAGACUGAACCUCCUGGUCCUUCUGUUAAUGAGGAUCAGCAAAGUCUUCCAUCCUCGCCAAUGAGUUCAGCACCAACUGCCAUAAGUGGAAGUUCUUUGGGCUUGCAGUAUAGAGGUGCAUGGUGUACUCCUCCAAGAAUUUUUGUUGACCAGCAGGAUGAAAUAAUCCCUCAUUUAGAACCAGGACGUGUUCCUUCAACUAUUGAUCCUGAUGCUAUUGAUCCAUCUGGACAAGUGAAAAAGCUACCCAAGCAUCCAGUCCCAAUCAGUGCCUGGAAGCUCGCAAAAUUGGACAAGAAUGAGGCCAAGAGAGCUGCAGCUAAAGCCAGAGCCUCUUCGUCUGUCUUAAAACCUAUCGGUUCACACAUGCAGUAUGACAUUGAUCGCUGCUCGAGUGGGAAUAUCAGCAGCAGAAGUAGCACUGUCAGUGCUGACUUCGGGCAUCGGGAUCAUCGUGUGGUUGCUGCAAGAUCUUCGCCUCUGAAGAGUUCUUACCCUCCCAGCAGAGCUAGUAGGGAGGACCUUGAAACAUGUCCUCGAACUCCUAGCAGUUUCAGUAGCCCUCAUCACCCUAACUCGUUGAGCCUCACUCCAGCCUUGGAGCAGCAACCUUCAAACACUAGACACUUUAAUCCAAUAUAUCAGUCAUCAGCAAAUCGAUCUCCAUGGUCUGUCCAGUCUAGCGAUGCCAAGGAAAGCAUGGCUGGGCAUCUCUCAGAGCAUGGGCAAGCAAGGAGAACCGGCACAAAUCCUCUAGGGAGCUCCGGACCCUCCGUUUACUGGGAUCAGGAAGCUGGUCGAUUUGUCUCCUCUCAGAGUAUUGCUGGGCCUUCUUCUCGGGGCAGUCGUACUGAGCUGUUGUACACCGAACCAUCUAUAUUCUUUGGUGGUCCUAUGCUGAACGAAGGCCCUCCGAGGAGCUUCAGAAAUGCUGGUACAUCUAAUCAGAGGCAAGGUGGUACUGAGAGAGGGAGGGGGCUGAGCCAGUUGCCUAUCUUUGUCCCCAGAGACUAUCAGCAAGAUCAGUUAUCUAGAUUUCCCUGAUGGAGUAGUAUUUGAGUACGAAGUUCAGAUUGAUCGGCAGAAUUGUUUCGUCAUUUAGUGCCUUAUUUCUAACUCUAGAACUCUUUGUAAAUUUUAACUCUUGCAGAUGUGUUAUGGAACCGACUUCCUACUUUUUUUUUUUUCUCCUAGCAAGCUGUAGACUGUUUCUAAACAGAUCUAGUUUAUUACUGAUCUAGCUUUUUCUCGAUUGAAGUUGAAUCACAAAGAAUGUGAUUUUAGCUGUAUUGCAUGUGUAAACAAUCUCUGAACCAGGAACUCUCACAUGUUAUUUCUGAAUCAGGGUUGUUUUAUAAACACCUUAAAUUGGCACUCCA